UUCAAUGUGAAUCAUUUGGAUAUAGCACCGCGUUAUGCUGCGAUAUUAAUGGGAUUCUCUAAUGGAAUCGGGACGUUAGCUGGAUUGACAUGUCCAUUUGUCACUGAGAAAUUCAUCGCAAGAGGUGCACAUGGAUGGGAGAAAGUGUUUCUUCUAUCGAGUUUAAUUCAUUUCACUGGUGUCACCUUUUAUGCGGUAUUCGCUUCUGGUGAAUUACAAGAUUGGGCUGAACCCAAAGACGAGGAAGAACCGUGGAAUGCAAAAACGCUGAAGACCAAAGAAUCAAAGAUUGGAGGUUACGGUGCAGCUGGCGAUAGCAUUCAACAAGUUCGUAUCGAGCCACUUCCGUCCGUCGACCAGUUGCGUAACGAUCGUAUCGCACAAGGCCAAUACCAGAAUAUGGCACCGUAUGGUGAUGGUAAUUCUAACGAAGGCACAGAACCGACCACCAUUAUCAAUCAUAACUAUCAAGGAUAUUAG